UUUUACUGUACUUUCCCCUCGUUUUCUUUCAAUACAGAUGAGAAGGAACCAAAAACGAGCAGAAACAACAUUUGCAAGCACUUCCUCUUGGGCAAAUGCCAUUUUGGAGACAGAUGUCGACUGUCUCACAGCACACAAACAGAGGAAGAUGACAGACCGGUUACAGAAAAGCAGAGCAAGAACCGAAAAAACAGAAAAAAGAUGAAUACGGAAAAGAAAGAAAAGCAUUAUUCAAAGAUCGAGAGAGAAGGGCUGAAAAAGAAGCCACGCAUGCGCAUUGCUGAUGAUGUAAUCUCCAGAAGUCUAUGGGACUCCUCAGUGGACCCAGCUGAUUUUAUGGUCGGUCACCUGGUCCGCUUCCUUGGGUUGCUGGAAUGCCCAUUCUCUGAAUUCUCAUGGGAUGCUCAGGUGUGUGUGACUGACUUUUCUGAGGAGCUGGCUCUCCCUUGUCACAGGAUCCAGUACUUCAGCUAUAAAGGUCAGCGUGUGUGGGAUAAAGACAGUCAUACUGACAGGGUGUUUGGUUCCAUGGGGCAAACUAUUGUGCCUCCUUUUAGGGGUGAGGAUCAACAACUAGAGAAUUUAACACCUGACGCUGGACAACAGGAAGAGACUACCAACAUAGAAGAUGUUUUAAAUGACCAAGAGCAAGCAACUUCAGAAUUUUCGAAAGAAAACAGGAUGAUGUUUCAUGUACAGUUACAACAAACACACAUGAGCUGGGAUAUACGGCAGAAGACUCAAAUGGAUCCUGUAUCAUCCAUACCACAAGAACGUUGGUGGAGCCACCCACCACACAAACCCACCCACUUCAUUUGCUUUGCCGUGGACUCUCACGCAGCUCUCCGGGCCUUCCAGCGUAUUCAGAGGAAGGUGCUGUACCACAUCCCUCAGUCAGAGACACUCUGGGUCAACCCGGCAACCUUACACGUCACACUCUCCUUGCUUGUGCUCAAGGGUCCUGAGGAGGUCAGUGCUGCUGCAGAACUCCUGCAUACCACAAUCAGAAACUCCCACAAACCCCCUAUCUAUGUGUCCUUCAUCCCAAAACUAAAGCACUUCAACGGGACUGUUCUCCACGUGACCCCUCAGCACAUCUCAGAUAUCCAGAGUCUGAAUACCCCUCUGCAGGAGGCCUUCAGGGAGAAAGGCUGGCUUCAUCGCCAUUCACGAUGCCCAUCAUACCAUCUCACCCUGGCCAAAGCACAGGAGUACAAGACAGAAAAGAUGUUUGAAGGGAUAGGGUCCAUGAAACUGGCCAAAGAUAUAAACUUUGGCAAGCUAGAAGUAAAUACAUUUUAUCUUUGUGUGAAUAGUUCAACCACAACAGAAAGUGGUUUCUACCAGAUAGUAUGUGUUGUGCAGCUACCUAAUGUUUAAAGUGCUGGGUUUUAUAUCAUCUGAACUCAGGGAUAAUGACCAUGUCAAAUACAGGAUAGUUUUAAAAUGAAGGAUGAAAUAAUGCCCGUCUCAAGACCAAUGAUCUUACUCUUGUACUCCUAAUAUUACUCAUUUACAACACGUUUAGAUAUUCUAUAGGUUUUCCAAUUCAUGGCUGCCACAUUUUAUAGUUAAAAUAUAGUUUAUAGUUUUAAAAUAAUUAAAAAAAAUGAUUACAACCAGUACUGUUAUCAUUUUGGUGCAAUAAGGGAAGCAUCGAUUUGUGUUUAUAUUUUCUCUAUGCAAUUUAUUAAAUUUUUAUUUUUUUUUUUUCCCCUUUUUCUCCCAAUUUGGAAUGCCCAAUUCCCAAUGUGCUUUUAAGUCCUUGUGGUCACGUAGUGAUUCGCCUCAGUCCGGGUGGCGGAGGCUGAAUCCCAGUUGCAUUUUUGCGUCUGAGAUCGUCAACCCACGCAUCUUAUCACGUGGCUUGUUGAGCGCGUUGCCACGGAGACAUAGCACGUGUGAAGGCUUCACGCCAUCCACCGCAGCAACCACGCUCAACUCACCACACGCCCCACUGAGAACGAACCACAUUAUAGCGACCACGAGGAGGUUACCCCAUGUGACUCUACCCUCCCUAGCCCUCCCUGUUAAAUUAUUACAUUUCACAUUAAACGUUGUAUAUGUUAACAUUGGUUAAUGCAAUAUGAACUAACAGUAACAAGCACUGAGCAAUAUUAUUAUAAUUAGUAGUUAACAUUAACCAACAUUACAUAACGAUGUAAAAAGGUUUUGUUAGUUGCUAGUUCAUGUUGUCUAUUUAAUUAACUAAUAUUAAUGAAUAGAACCUUAAUGUAAAGUGUUACCUAUAUUUUUGUAUAUUUGUAUAGUAUAUAGUACAGUACUGUGCAAAUGUCAUAGGCACAUAAGAUGUUUCACAAAAAUAUUUGUCUUAAGAUGGUUAUUUAUAUCUUCAGCUUUAGUGUGUCAAUAGGAAAUAUACAUUUUAAACUCCCAAACAUUUCUUUUGCAAAUAGAAUAGAAUAGAAGAACAGGGAGCCCUGCAGCAGACUGCAUGGCCUCCACAGAGCCCCCCACUAAAUAUUGAGUCAGUCUGGGAUUACAUGAGACAGAAGUAAUUGAGAAGCUUAAAUAGAUAGAAGAAAUGUGGCGAAUUCUCCAAGAAGCUUGGAACAUCCUAUCUGCCAACAACCAAGAAAAACUGUGUCCAGGUGUACCUAGGAGAAUUGGUGCUGUUUUGAAGGCAAAGGUGGUCACUGGUCACACCAAAUACUGAUUUAACUUUUUUUAUGUUUACUGGACUUUGGCUGACAAAGUUUUUUCAAAUUUUAGAAUCAUAGUAAAGUCAUCAAAACUAUGGAAUAGCAUAAAUGGAACUAUUGGAAUUAUGUUGUGACUAAACAAAAUCCAAAAAAAAUAAAAUCUGUUAUAAUUUAGCAUCUUCAAAGUAGUCACCCUUUGCCUAGAUUUUGCAGAAAUGUACUCACAUUGACAUUUUCUCAACCAGCUUCUUGAGGUAUCACCCUGGGAUGCUUUUUAAACAGUAUUGAAGGAGUUCCCAUCUAUGUUGGGCACUUAUUGACUGCUUUUCUUUAUUAUUUGGUCCAAGUCAUCAAUUUCAAAAACUUUUUUUUUUAAUAAAAUUUUAGUUUUAUAAUGAAAUAAAUUAAUAUGUUGGCACAAUUAUAUUUUUGUCUACAAAACUAAUUUCAAACAUUUAAGCAUACGCCUUCAGAUCAAAAGAUUUUUAAGAUCAUGAGAAACAUUUUAGUCAAGUGUUUCAAAACUUUUGACCGGUAGUGUGUGUGUGUGUGUGUGUGU